GAAAGUAGGAAAAAAAAAAUGUUUACUUUAAUGACAGACAUUUUUACAGAAGCUCCGUCUGGAUCUCUCAUGUAAAUGAUGCAUGUGUGUCUCUGUAGCCCAGUUUUCCUCCUGCUCCUCCGCCGCAGAUGAACCCCACGGCCCAACCCCGACAGUUUGCCUCAGGUCCGAGAGCUUUACCACAACAGCCGUACUAUCCCAGUCGGCCCACUUUACCCGCCAAUUCUGGGCGUGUCCAGCCAAGCCCCGCCCCUCGGCCCAUCCCCCCUCCACACGGACCCCGCCCCCCUCACGUGUUCCAGCCUGGCCCCUCCCAGAUGAUGAUGAUUCCCCAGCAACCAAUCAGCUUCCCCAAUUCACAAGGCACGGCUUACUAUAUAUCUGGCAGGGUAAGCGCAGAAAUAUUU